AUGCAACCCUUUACCGAGAGCACUCAUGGAUUCACCAUCCACCAUAACAACAACGGCAUCAAUAAGAAGCGCACCACAGAGUAUGACAUUGACGCUGAAGAUGCAGAAGAGUUGAUGUUUCAAGUCGAGUCUGUGAACUCGCCUCCACUCCUCUCGACCAAGACUCCACAGCAGCAACAGCAACAACAACAGCAACAGCAGCAACAGCAACAACAAUGGAUUAGAGGCAAUGAUACAACGAGCAGCCCUUCAUACCCUGUCUCGCCACACGCUCAUAUGCGCAAAGGACGUCGACUAUUCGUCGGCUCAUAUCACACUUCACCAAUACGCGAUAACUUCCAGUUGGAUCCCUCUUCAAGCCUCAACAAUAACAACAACAGUGGCAACGGCAACGGCAACAGCAACAAUCAAUCAUCAUUGUCAUCAGUGUUCAAGGCGCCAAACAACCCAAGUGGCAGCGCGACAUGGUCCGGCGUGGGCUACCACAGCAGCAACAACAACGUCAACAACAACAAUAACACGACAAAUACAAACAAAUAUGGAUCAUCAGACUCGAGUGGAAGCAGUUCCAACAGCAGUAGUGGCAACUACAAUCAGUAUCAACAUCAUCAUCAUUCGACUCAUCAUAGCCCAAACAUAUCAAUGGGCCAAAACAGUGGCGGCAGCAAUGCUCUGGGGCAGCCACAAUAUGACUUGUCGCUGGGCACGCUAUCCUCGUCACUGCCCACCUCAUCCAUGUCGUGGAGUCUGCACGACUACCAGCCCAGCAAUCAAUCAAGCGCCAGCAAGCCAUUCAACAAGUCAUUCACCUACUCCUUUGGCGAGUCCAAGCAUCGUGUGAAGCCCGAUCAAAAGGCCUUCAACGCCGACUCGCUGAUGCAGUCUCCCUCACCCUCACCACCCCCGACGCCCACGCCCAAGCGGUCGUCGGCCCUGGAUCGCUCGCGCGCCCUAGAGCGCUCACGGGCACUCCUGGCCAACAUCAAACCGUCCGACCCAUCGGACAUUGUCGACUUUGGCAACUCACCUCAACUUCAAUCAUCAAACAACAACAACAACAACAACAACCAACAGGUGAAGAGACCACGCUCGACAUCAAUGUCCUCUUCACCCGUCAACAUCAAUCCUUUCAUCUUUCACAACCGAGACAGUGGCAGCUUCAACACCAGCAAGCUGAAACACAUCAGCAACCUUGACAGCACACCCCGUAACGACGACGAGGGAAACAGCAACAACAAUCUUGUAGAUAGCCAUGUAGAUAGUGUACAUUCUUUAUAUAAUCAGACCUUCCAUCAGCUAAACCUGAUAGGAGAGGGUAGCUUUGGCAUAGUCUACAAAUGUAGACAUAGAAUAGAUGGAUGUUUGUAUGCCGUCAAGAAGUCCAAACGCCCAAUCAGAGGACCAAAGGACCGCGAGCAUGUUCUGCGCGAGGUCUUUGGCCUGGCGGCAAUAGCCGACCCCACCAACAUUGUACGCUACUACAACGCCUGGGAGGAGAACGAUCAUAUCUACAUACAGAUGGAGUACUGCGAUGGCGGCACGCUCUACUCCUGGGUGACGAAUCGCACGCGCCAGACCGAGGCCACGCUGCUCUGCCUGGCCAAACAGGUGCUGAAUGGCAUCAUCCAGAUACACUCGCUGGGCUUUGUCCACCUGGACAUCAAGCCAGAGAACAUCUACGUCAACAAACGCAAGACCCGCAUCAGCAGCAGUAGCGGCCCCGAUGACGUCCAGGAGGAGACGCGCUACAAGCUCGGCGACCUGGGCCUGCUGCACGAGGCAACCAACAGCAAGAUCUACUCUGAGGGCGACAGCCGCUACCUGUCGCGCGAGCUGCUACACGACGACAUGGGCGCCCUGAAGAAGUCCGACAUCUUCUCACUGGGCUGCACCCUGUACGAGCUGGCGCGUCUGAAACCGCUGCCCAAGUGCGGCGAGGAGUGGAACUCGAUCCGGGACGGCCUGAUCGUCGAGACGCCCGACCAUCCGCGCGCCUUCUGGGACAUGAUCCGAUGGAUGAUCAAUCCGUCGCCGGCCAUGCGUCCUACCGCCGAGGAGCUGUACGACUUUAUCAACGAGUACCAACAUCGCUGCGACAAACAUCAGUUCUCUAGUAUUCGCGAGCAGCGCAGUCAUCACAAUCACGAGACUGAGCAGCUGUCACAGCAGAUCUCGGCCAAGAUGACUGAGCUGGCGGCGUUGUUGGAAGAGCGUGAGAACCUUCUCAAGAGGCAGCAGAAGAUGCCUCCACCCAUUCUGCCACCCUCGGUCACCAAUGGCUUCAUGCCUCCUCAGCGAACCUAUUCCAAUCCAGAGUUCCAAAAGGUUGAGGGAGGUCUGAAGAACAUGGUGCUCCUAGAUCCUGAGCUGAACUGGAUGUAG